AUGUACCUAGCAACCUUUGCGAAAUUACAAUCUCCUGGCGCGUAUACCGGUGCAAUUGAUGUUAUCAGGAAAACAUUAGCUCGAGAUGGUGUCACUGGCUUGUAUCGUGGAAUGGUACCUCCACUGCUGGGAGUCACUCCAAUCUUUGCAGUGUCCUUCUGGGCAUACGAUGCCUCUAAGAAUUUAAUACUCGCAUUCACACCCAAUCGUACAUCCGAGAAGCUUUCUACAGCAGAACUUGCCGCUGCCGGUUUCUUGUCUGCCGUACCGACGACCCUCAUUACUGCACCUGUUGAGAGAGCAAAGGUUCUGCUGCAGGUGCAAGUUCAGGGCCCCAAUACAAAGCACCUCUACAGGGAAGGUGGUAUACGGAGCAUCUUUCGAGGCACUGGUGCAACUAUCGCUCGCGACGGACCAGGCAGUGCCGUUUACUUUGCGGCGUAUGAAGUUACCAAGAAGGCCCUGACGCCCGCUGGGCCGUCAGCAGGAGACCUCAACCUAGGCGCCAUUAUGUUCGCAGGCGGAACUGCAGGUGUUGCAACGUGGUCGAUAGCUAUACCCCCAGAUGUUUUGGAAUCCCGCAUACAAUCUGCACCUUCUGGUACAUAUCCUGGACUUUCCGAUUGCUUUAGAAAGACCGUAGCGCGUCUUGGUCCAGCGAUGGCUAAAGCUUUCCCAGCUAAUGCUGCCACAUUUCUUGGUGUCGAAACCUCGCGGAAGUUCAUGGAUGGUUUCUUCUGA